AUGGCCAUGGCGUCCCCGGCCAUUGGGCAGCGCCCUUAUUCUCUCCUGCUAGACCCCGAGCCUCAGCGUUACCUGCAGAGCCUGAAUGGCCCUGAGCCUCCGCCGCGGCCCGGGCGAACCCCGCGCCGCUUCAGCUCCGCGCCCCUCUCCGCCGCGCCCGGGGCGCACGAAGGGCGCAGAGCGCGGGGGGCGCCAGUAGGAGAGCUGGAGCCGCAGUCUGAGCCGCAGCCCCGGCCCCCCAGGCUCCCUCGCUCUCUCCGUCCCGGGCUUCAGCAGAGGCUGCGGCGGCGCCCCGGGGCACCACGGCCCCCGGACGUGAGAAGCAUCUUCGAGCAGCCACGGGACCCGCGCGUCCCGGCUGAGCGUGGCGAGGGGCACUGCUUCAACGAGCUGGCGCUGCGGCUUGACUCGGGCUGGUGUGAUCUGUGUGGCCGCGAGGUGCGACAGCGGGCGUUGCGCUGUGCCAACUGCAAGUACACCUGUCACCAAGAAUGCCGAAGUCUGAUCCAGCUGAACUGUAGUCAUCAGCAAGGACUGUCCCGGGACAGAACCUCACCAGAAACAACCCUUGCCCCAGCCUUCAGGCAGAAUGUCUGCAAAGUGCUGGAAGAGGAGAAACCCCGGGCGCCCACGCUUCAGGAAAUCAGACAGAAAAUUGACAGCUACAACAGCAAGGAGAAAAACUGCCUCGGCAUGAAGCUGAGCGAGGACGGCACCUAUACAGGCUUCAUUAAAGUGCACCUGAAGCUUCGGAGGCCGGUGACGGUGCCGGCAGGGAUCCGGCCUCGCUCCAUCUACGACGCCGUCAAAGAGGUGAACCUGGCGGCCACCACCGACAAGAGGACGUCCUUCUACUUGCCCUUGGAUGCCAUCAAGCAGCUGCACAUCAGCAGCACCACCACCGUCAGUGAAGUCAUCCAGGGGCUGCUCAAGAAGUUCAUGGUGGUGGACAAUCCCCAGAAGUUUGCUCUGUUUAAGAGGACACACGAGGACGGGCAAGUGCUAUUUCAGAAGCUCUCCAUCACUGACUGUCCCCUCUACCUUCGCCUGCUGGCCGGCCCGGACACAGAUAUCCUCAGUUUUGUGCUGAAGGAAAAUGAGACAGGAGAAGUGGAAUGGGAUGCCUUCUCCAUUCCGGAGCUCCAGAACUUCCUAACCAUCUUGGAAAAGGAAGAACAGGACAAAAUCCAGCAAGUGCAAAGAAAGUAUGACAAAUUCAAGCAAAGACUGCAAGAAACCUUGAGAGAUGCCCAGGGCAAACCUGGCUAA